UCCCAUUUACGAGAAUGGCUGGAAGCUCUAUUUGGAUCUGCAUAAACGUCACACGCGGUCCGAUAGGACACCAGCAGCUACAAAGACCACGGACAAAAGUUAGGCCUAUAUUUUAAAAUAAUAAAAAAUUAUCGUACUGCGUUACUUUUAUUUGCAUUCUGGGACGUAUCUAAGCACUUUAACUGUUUGAAACCGAAGUUCGUCUAAACAGUCCGUACCGCAAAGAAAACAACGCUUCAACAUUACGAAGAUCCGCUGGUUAACGCUGUUUAAGUAAAUAAUCCCUGUUUACACUGAUAAUCACUUGAAACCAAAAAAAAAAGAAAUACAAGAUGCAGAAUUACUGACAAAUAAUGUGGGCAUAAUAGGUACCAUUAAGAUCUAAAGUGUUAAAACGUAGUGGUAACUAUGGAUACCAAUUUCUUUAACGUUCAAUAAAUCUGCAUUUUAUCCACCUUUUUAUAGGUUCUGUACAAUUCUCGGAAUAAACAGUGAUUAACAUUACUUAUCCUUGUAACUCAGCUGAACUGUGAGAUGUUACGCGGAUGGACAUCUUUCUUCGGUGAGAGGCGCCGUAGGACAGUCGGUAUGAGAAUAAAAGUCCCAGUUUAAUAUUUAAUUUAAUAGCGUGACGUCAUUGCUUUUGAGCUACGUCUAUAUUUAAACUCGUACAAUCAGAGUUUGGCUGCACUUCAGAAUCAAUAGCACUCCACUGAUGGUAGAAUCCAAGCCACUGUAUGCUGGUGACUCCAUUCCCGUAAAACUUUCAACUACCAGUGAAACAAUUUACAGGUUACAAUUUAACCCUCUGAAGCCGAAGCACGUCUAAAUAACAAUUACGAAUUCGGUCCGUACCGCAAAGAAAACACGUUUACAUUGCAAAGAUUAAUUUGUUAGUGUUGUUCAGGAAAAUAAUCGUUGUUUAUAUAAAAAAAUUACAUAAAUCCGGUAAACACAGUUUAGAGGCAAAAUUUUGAGUUACUGAAUGUUGAAUAAAGUGGUACAUAUAAUUACCAUUGGGUGGGUUUUAAAGGGUAAAUCUACGGUAAAGCAUUCUGAAGAUUCAUCUAUUUAAUUUCCAGGUGGUCGUCUUGAACUUCCUCAAUCCCUUCAUAAAUUUAAGAUUUAUCUAAAAGCGCGUAACAAAGUUUGGCGCUCACGUUGGAAAUUGCCCAUUACCGGAAGUGUAGGGUAAAUUAAAAAACUUUACGAACUUUCUUGGCGGCAGCCAUGCGAUGUAGAAACCAUAUCCGUUUGUGUGUUCACGUAUGGGCAUGCGCAGGAUAAGAUUGAGUAGAUAUAAAGUAUCAGAGUAUGUACGACGAUGCAAAUUGUAUUUCGGAAUUUGUCGAAAUUUUAACAGCUUCAGAUUUAUUACAGAUUCCAUUCAUUUAUUAAAAUGACACUCGAUCGCAAAACAAAAAUUCUUUUCGCACAAGAAACAGGAAGGGAUCCGGUAUCUUGCAAUACAUAAGACGAGAAAGUGGCUUUUAUGAGAGUCUUAAGAUUAACUCAUAAUAAUGAAUUCAUGUUCGUCCAGAUGUUUGAGCCUGGAAACUAAUGAAUAUAUUUUUUUAUAAAAUUUGGUAAAAACCAUAUGCUAUAAGUCGGUGGAGUUAAUUGUGUUGAUCAGAUAGAAUAUCAGCUUCUCAUGAUACUGGUUCCUAAAUCUUCGAGCCAUAAUCGACAGUCAAGAGAUUACUUUACGUAUAAACCGAAUUAAUAAAUAAUUUUUUUAAAACUUAUGCUAAACAUUCAACAUAAUUCAUAGAAAUAUAAUUCUUCUCUGUAAUGUCCAUUAUAUUUUCAACAGUAUAUCUGUCUGAAAAAUUACCACAAAGGCCAAUAAAGUAUGCAAAUUUGCAAAGAGUGCUUUUGAAAAAAAUAUAUACUCCAUUUUCACACUUUCGUCUCCUUAUCUUAAUAUUUCAGAUUUUUCACGUAAAACUACAGGAGAGCUCCGAAUCAAAUAUAAAUAUUGCGCGUAGAAUAAAUAAUACAGAGUGUCCUAAAACGAAGUAUCCACAAUGCUGAAGUGUAUAAUACAUCCUUUUUUUGGGCACCUGUGCAGCUGUGAAAUAAUGCCUCAGUAACUACUGAAUAACAUUAAAGCCUAUAGCAUUCUACUUUUCCCGGGUCACUUCCGGGCAAGGCAGACAUCUUGUGGGGUGCUUGUCAGUGUCCUAAGGUACCUCCAGUGACAUCCAUUCUGCCGUAUCGAGUUAACAAUCUGCAUGACUUGUGGUUAUAAUGGCGUCCCGCGGCCAAAUCGGUAUCGCCGUAAUUUGUUACAGAUAUUUGCUCGUGGCUCACUUCCGAAAUGGUUCAUUCCGCUUGAUCUAGCAUCUUCAAUAUUGCUAAGUGCAUUCUAGCGCGUAAUACAACACGAUCUGGCUGAAGUAAUCAUUUAUUAAAGUCACUCCUUGCCAGUUUCCCCAUUUGUCUUAAUGAACAAAAAAACUCACAUUGAGGACCACCUUGCACUAAGUGCAAAGAUGGCUGCCUUAUGGGUUGUUGCGAUCAUCGCCGUGAUGAUGGAAGCAUCAAAAACCUCCGAAACUUCUGUGACCUUUUACCAGACUACGCGGCAUAACAACACUGUGAUAAAAUCAAGGACGAUGAGACCGACUGCGUAUGUAGCACGCAUAGGUGCUGAGAGAAUUGCACAUCGGAAACCCUGAAGGUGCGAAAUCAGGAUGAAACUAUUUCCAAUACUGACAGUAAUCGCAAACAUCCACAUUGUACAGGCAAGCCUCCUUACUUCGGAAGAACGCCAACUUAUUUCGUGUCAGAUGGCAGUCUUAAAUCAACACUUCAUUCCAGGGCGACGUCUAUUAUUCUCACUACCCCAGACUGGACACAACGCUACUCAGCAACGCGCCAUCGUACACACCCUAAAGAGCAGUUAUGACUCUCACGUGCUGGACUUCAUGCUGAAGACAAUUCAUCACGAGUCACGCUGGCACCUUUGUCUCUCCACGCCUGAUGACGAGUCAUCAUCAGAGCCAACGUCCGAAGUUGAGGGAAAAAUUGAUUACUACCUAGUGGUCACAACUCCAGAACACACGGACGAUGAGAUAUCUGAGAACGCGCUCCAACAGUUUGGCAGUUUCCAGCGUUUAAGAUCGUGGAACCAGCGAGCCGAUUUCUUUGUAAUGGUAACUGGCAAGACACAACAGCCAAAGCUCUUUGCACUUAAACUAUUCGACAAACUUUGGAAGAGUGAAAACAUCAUGAACAUCGUUCUCCUAGUGCCUACGUACGACAACGCAACAAAUAAAGAAGAGCCAAUGGCUUUUGAAUUAUACACCUGGUUUCCGUAUCGUUCAGGACACUGUGCCAACGUACAAGAAGUCACCAUACUAGAUCGAUGGAUCAUUACUGACAAUGGAUAUUCAUUUAAAGACGUGUUGUUAUUCCCCCAGAAAAUUCCUCUAAACUUACAGGCCUGUCCUCUGAAAGUGUCAGUGGCUGGUAGCGAGCCAUACGUUUUUCGUCACGACAUUCAAGACGGUAAUAUCCAGAAAUACAGAGGUUUGGAAAUCGAGUUCCUUCAUAUCGUUAGCAAAUUUAUGAAUAUGACUCUUGUGUAUCUGCCCACACCAGCAGGAAGUAGUGUUAGUCAGCGAACAUCGAUAUUGAUGAGUUUAAGCUUUGGAGAGCUCGAUGUUGUCCUCGGAGCCUUUCCGAUGCAUUUGUCUAUUUUGGAAUUUGCUGACGCAACAACUCCGUACCUUCAAACUGUUUUCCAGUGGUUUGUCCCAUGCCCUACGCCCGUUCCCAGAAUAGAAACAAUUCUUGGAAUCUUCACUGUGCCCGUCUGGUUGACGCUGAUUCUGGUUCUGAUUUUGACAACGGCUACCGUCUGCUUUCUAGGCACUAGAAGCUACGAAUCUGCCCUGUACAACUCGAUGACUCGUAGCUUUCACGACGUUUGGGCUAUCUUCAUGGGUGUGGCUGUCGCAAGAUUGCCUCGCACUUCCAGACUCAGAAUUUUCCUCUUGAUUUUCCUUUCGUACUGCUUCGUGAUAAACAUUAUUUUCCAAGCUUUCUUCGUAACCUUCCUCGUGAAGCCCGGAUUUCGCCGACAAAUUUCAACGUUUGACGAUCUCAUGAACUCUGGAUUAAUUUAUGCUUUUCAAGAAGGCACAGAAAUAGCUCUCAACAGUACCACGUAUUAUGAUCACACGAAACUUAACUUACGUCGUAUGAAAUGCCUAGACCACGAAAAGUGUUUGGAGCGUCUGAUGAUAUCACAGGACAUCACAAUGAUAUCGAUUCCAUUACAAGCUGAAUAUCUCGCAUUUAAACUUAUUCCAAUCUACAAAAGAUGGAUAAAUGUUUGCUUUCUUAAUGAGGAUAUACAUAAAAUGUUUUUUGUCAUGUAUUUGCAACUAGGGAGUCCUCUGUUGGAUAGAUUCAAUACUAUUAUCCUACGCACUAUUGAUGCUGGUCUCGUAGACAGAUACUGGACAAUGUUGAAAUGGGAAUACCACCUGAAGAGCAGCGGAAAUUCUACAUACGACGGCAAUGCUGGUGAUAAUGAUCUGUAUUUUGCAUUUUCGCUCUCACACUUAAAAGUGACUUUCUUCAUACUCUUUGUAGGUUACAUUCUGAGUUUCAUUAUCUUUGUAGGAGAACUCUUUUACGCGACUCUUUCCAAACACAGAAAGUGAUGCUGAUAUAUGUAAACAAUUGUGUGACAAUGUUCUACACUAAUCCGGUGAAUAAACCACUAACUCUGAA